AUGGGUUUAUUUUGGUUGCUGCUCCUUUCCAUCCCCGAGCUGUCGCCCGCGUUUGCUGGAGGUGUCACCCGAGUCUAUUACCUGGGCAUCCGUGAGGUGAACUGGGACUAUGCUCCAACAGGGAGGAACGUGCUCGCCAACCAAACCAUCGCACAUAACCCUAAGGCCUCAACAUACCUCCAGCCUAGUAAAGACAGAGUGGGAAGCACGUACAAGAAAGCUGUCUAUAAGCAAUACACCGACUCCACGUACGCCACUGAGAUUCCCAAACCUGGCUGGCUGGGGUUCCUUGGGCCUGUCAUCCGAGCAGAAGUGGGGGAUACCAUUAAAGUACACCUAAAAAAUUUUGCAAGUCGACCGUAUACAAUCCAUCCUCAUGGUGUUUUCUACGAAAAGGACUCUGAAGGAUCCCUGUAUCCUGAUAUGUCCCCCCAGGAUCAGAAGAAGGAUGAUGCUGUUUUCCCAGGAGGGAAUUACACCUAUACAUGGACUGUCCCUGAAGAUCACAGCCCAACUGCUGAUGACCCAAACUGCUUGACCUGGAUCUACCACUCUCAUAUUGAUGCACCAAGGGACAUAGCAUCUGGAUUAAUUGGGCCAUUACUUACCUGCAAAAAAGGAAUACUGACUGGCAGUUCUCAGAGACGCCAGGAUGUGGACAUUGAUUUCUUUCUGAUGUUCAGUGUGGUGGAUGAGAACCUAAGCUGGUACCUGGAUGAGAACAUCGCGUUGUUCUGCACAGAUCCAGGCUCUGUAGACAAAGAGGAGGAGGAAUUUCAAGAGAGCAACAAAAUGCAUGCUAUUAAUGGUCAUGUGUUUGGGAACCUCCCUGAGGUGACGAUGUGUGCUGGUGAUUACGUUUCAUGGCACCUCUUUGGGAUGGGCAAUGAAAUAGAUGUUCAUACAGCCUACUUUCAUGGAGAAAUGCUCAACAUUCGAGGCCAUAGGACUGAUGUGGCCAGCCUCUUCCCAGCCACUUUUGUUACAGCAGAUAUGGUCCCCAGUAACCCUGGGAGAUGGCUACUGAGCUGUCAGGUCAAUGAUCACAUAGAAGCUGGGAUGGCGGCAUUCUACGAAGUCCGUCCCUGUUCUCGGCAAACUCUGGCAUCCACCCUGGAAGGGAGAGUUCGGAAAUACUACAUAGCUGCGAAGGAAGUGCAGUGGGACUACGGACCUUCAGGGCUCGACCAAAGCACUGGGAAGCAGCUGAGUGAGGCAGGCAGCCCAGCUGAACAGUUUUUCAAGCGUAGCCGCUACCGAAUUGGGGGAGUCUACUGGAAGGCAAAGUAUGUGGAAUAUACUGAUGAGAGCUUCCGUGAGGAAAAGCAGCAGUCGGAAGAGGAGAAACACCUUGGGAUACUCGGUCCAGUGAUCAAAGCUGAAGUGGGAGACACCAUCCUGGUGACGUUUGUUAACAAAGCCUCCUGGCCUUUCAGCAUCCAGCCUCAUGGAGUGUCCUAUGGGAAGGCAUGGGGAGGGAUGUGGUACCAUGACGGUCAGUCCCAGAAUGGGGUUUCCGUUCCACCACUGCACAACUUCACGUACCGCUGGACUGUGCCGAAGCACGUUGGGCCCACAUCCAGCGACCCUCCCUGCCUGACCUGGAUGUACAGCUCUGCUGCGAAUCCUGCCAAAGACUCCAGUUCGGGCUUAGUAGGGCCCCUGGUCAUCUGCAAGCCAGGCACUUUGGAUGACAACAACAAACAGAAAGGGAUCGACAAAGAAUUCUACCUUCUCUUCAGUGUGUUUGAUGAGAACCUCAGCUGGUAUUUAAAUGCAAACAUAAAGUACUAUUUGAGAAUGGAAGAGGCUUCUGUGAAAAAGGAUGAUGGCUUCGAGGAGUCAAACAGGAUGCACGCCAUCAAUGGACUUAUGUUUGGUAACUUGCCUGGGCUGAACGUGUGUGAAGGAGACAAUGUGUCCUGGCACCUUCUGGGCUUGGGCAGCGAAGCAGAUGUACACGGAGCUGUGUUCCAGGGAAACACCCUGCAGAUGAACGGGAUGCGGAAAGAUUCGGCCAAUCUGUUCCCACACACAUUUGCUACUGCCUUCAUGCAACCUGAUAACAAGGGGAUUUUUGAGAUCUACUGCCAGACGAGCAAUCAUUACCAGGCUGGGAUGAGGGAACGCUACGUCGUUUCAGAGUGUGGAAAAAGCGGUCCUGCUCCUGCCCGUCACUACAGAGGGGUGCGGACGUAUUACAUUGCAGCAGAGGAGGUGGAGUGGGACUACGCACCCGACCGCAGCUGGGAGAGGGAACGGCACAACCAUUCUGCGGAGAGCUACGCUGAUGUAUUUCUGAGCAACGAGAACGGACUGCUUGGCUCCAAGUACAAGAAAGCCGUUUACAGGGAGUACACUGAUGGCACAUUCCAGACCCUCAAGGACGAACACCUAGGGAUAUUAGGUCCUUUUCUGUGGGCGGAGGUGGGAGAUAUUCUCAACAUCGUGUUUAAGAACAAUGCCACACGACCCUACUCCAUCCACGCCCAUGGGGUGCUGGCAAGGGAGACGGGACAGCCACAAGUGGCAAACCCUGGUGACAUUGUGACAUACCGAUGGGAAGUUCCUGAGAGAUCUGGUCCAGGGCCAAAUGAUUCAGCUUGUGUUCCUUGGAUCUACUACUCCAUGGUGGACCCAGUAAAGGAUAUGUACAGCGGUCUGAUUGGACCCCUGAAGAUCUGCCGGAGAGGGACACUGAGAUCUGAUGGGAUCAGGAAGGAUAUCAAGAGGGAGUUUGCUCUGCUGUUCCUGGUUUUUGAUGAAAAUCAGUCCUGGUACUUGGAGGAGAAUGUGGAACAUUACAGUAAGGGAAAUCACAAGGAGAUCAACCUGCUGGAUGACAAAUUUGUGGAAAGCAACAAAAUGCAUGCCAUCAAUGGGAGGCUCUACGCAAACUUACCUGGGCUGACCAUGUUCCAGGGUGAGUUGGUGAACUGGUACUUGCUGGGAAUGGGUCAGGAGAUUGAUGUCCACACGGUCCAUUUUCAUGCCGAGACCUUCAUAUACAAGAAUGGCAGAAGCUACAGAGCAGAUGUUGUGGAUCUGUUCCCUGGGACCUUUGAAAUGGUGGAGAUGUUGGUUGGGAACCCUGGGACGUGGCUGCUUCACUGUCAUGUGUCUGAUCAUAUUCACGCUGGUAUGGAGAUACAAUUCCAAGUCUUGCCCGGACCAGAGCCGGCGCUUGAAGUCGUAAACUACAGUGCAGAAUUGCCACCUGAGGAUGAGGAUGAGUCCCAGAAGAUCAAGCUUUUUGGAGCUAAGUUGGCUCAAGGGCAGGUGGAGGCCACAGUCAUCGGUUUGGCCAUCGCAGGAGUGGUGCUCUUCCUGCUCACCGGCUUCCUCCUGGGAGUGGUGGUCUAUCUCGAGAGACAAAAGAGGCUGAGGCGCAAUCGGAGGUCCAUCCUGGAUGACGGAUUCAAACUGAUGUCUAAAAAGAAUCCGGGGCUAUAA